AUGUCAACAAAUCAACAACAAGCCCGAAUUGCAUUUCCGAAAACAUUCUCUGCCAAAUCAAAAUCCAGCAAAUCAAAGCAAAAUGAAUCCAUCACGGAAUGGAGAAAAUUAUUUAAAGAAUUGGACGAAUUAUUGUUGGAAGGAAUAACAAGCCAAAUUCAAAAUUUAUGUUCAUAUUUUCGGAUGGAAAUUCGGAAACAUGUAGCCAUUGCAUCCUCGGAUCAAGACGAUGAAGAUGUUUCGGAAUUACAAACCAUUGAAGAAUUAAAGCAAAAAUUUGGGGAUGACAAUGUCAAGUUAGAACUUCCCGAUCAUGUCCAGCAAUUACUUGUUGAAUAUACAUGUUUGCCAGUGUGCCGUAUAAGUGUGGAUCCUACUCCAUCACGUAAAUUUAGCCUCACAUUUAUUAAUGAAGUGUUAUUCAAGCAAUUACAAUUGAAUACGGUAUUCUCGGAGAAUGUGAGCGAGUUGUUUUCGAGAGUAAUUCUUCCUUUAUUAUCUUCAGAUGAUGUGGACACGGAUGAAGAAGAUAUGAUUAAUUCAAAAAAACAUGUGGGCAACACCAAUGACUUGAUAAAACUCAAGACUGAAAAAAAGAAGCAAUUUAUUGAGUUUUUAAAUUCAUAUUUUGCGUCAUUGGUGUUUGUUUGUCAAUAUGAGUUGUUGAAACAAUUAAGCGAGUGGAUGUUUUUAUUUUCAACCAAUGUCAAGAUUUGGAUGAUCAAAGCGUUUUUUACCAAAUACAUUACAACAUCAGAGAGUAAAUGUAAACCUCUGAAGGAGCUCGCUCAAAAAGUAUUAUCUAAGAAUCAAAAUUUACUGAUUCAAGAAGAGGGUUCUUAUGUUAAACAUGUAACACAAGUCGAGUUUUUAACAGAUCAAAUCACUAACCAGGAUCGAGAACGAUUGAUCAAUCCGCCACCAACAAAGGCUUCAAUGGCCUCUCAGUUGAUAUUACGAAUAUUGGACAUGGCAGUGAAUGAAUUUCCGCAGAACUUAUCGAAACGGUCUCGCUGUCUUAGGUACUGUAUUGACAUUCUAAAAUAUGGAAAUAUCUAUUCUAUCAUGGGAAAAGAAGGCACCAAAAAAAAGAAUAUUGAACCAUCUUCAUCAGCUGGCAGUAUUAGGGGGUUUUCUCUUCUGUUGACCAGGGAAAAUGGGGAGAAAAUGAUGGAAUUGGUGUGGCACAUGCUAUAUGCAUUUAUUGACCUCUAUGAUUCCACGAACUUUAAGUUACAGUCAAAUCGUGACCGUAAACUGCUCUUACAUAUUGGAUCACAAUUAGUGACGCUUUUUGAUUUGAUAUAUCCUAGCGUGCAAAAUAAGGAAGUGACCAAUUACUUUUACCUCUCUGAUUGCUAUAUACCAUUGCUAAUGCGAAUGUUGAGAACACUCAAUGCACAUUUUGAAAAUAAUGACAUGAAAGAUUGCAUCAAGGAAGAAUGUAGAACGAAUUCCAUGGCCGUGAAAAUAUUGAUCAAACACUCUACGAAAACGAGCAACACGUUGGAUGCCUUACAAUUCUUUAAGGUAAAUGCAGAACCUGGUCACUGUAGCAAGAUGAGCAUGAAGAAAUUCCUUUCCGAUAUUUCAGAAGGUCUUCUUUUUGAAUCGCUUCUCAACUCCUCAAGGCUUCUCCUAAAAGAGUCCCUCUCGCAGCAGACCACAGAAGAAUUGUAUUCAUUUGUAGAGAAAGUGAUCCUGCACUGGACCAAUUUUUUCUUUUACUUGUACAACGCCAGCUCGCUGGAAAGAACUGCAGCCAUGAACGCUCAGGAAACAGAGGAUGAAGAAUAUUCACCGAGCAAUCUCAAGAUACCAAUCGAAGAGAAUCGAUUUCGACAUUUAGACAAGCUUAAUGUUGUUUUUGUACAACUUGUGGAAUGUGCCUGUCUUUGCGAUUACAAUCACUUCAUCAACAAGUCUCUCUCGACUUCCCCAACAAGCGACAGAUACAAAUUCUCCAAGAAAGCUCAAGAAUUGAAUGAAUUAAUGAGGGCAAUUUUGGUUGUUAUUUUACAAAAACCAUUCAUCACCAACCUAUUAUCUACAGAUAAUCAACAUCUCGUUGCAGAGAGACUAGGUAUUAAGGUGACAUUGACAGAAUAA